UCAACAUCUGGGAACGAACGGUGGAGGCAGAGCGCCCUCUCUCGGUUCCAGACAGUACUGCACCCUCCGAUGAUCACAUGACCCCUGGAUCACCUGACUCAGGGUUUGUCCUGUGUUGUGCUGUCGGAAUGCUGUUUUUUUCUUGCGCGAAUGCUUACAACUUGUUUUACAGCCUUGGGACUAAACAUCUCACAGCCUUUAGUGCGUAUUUAUUUUCAAUUUAGACACAAGCUGGGAAGGAAAACAGGUUAACUGGACAUAAACCUGUGCACGUUGCUAUAGCUAGCUAGCUAGCUAGCUAGCUACUGUUGACUAGCUGAAUUAACUACUUGUAGGUCGUAAAGUAGGCGUUCCUCUGUUCAUUUUUACUAUGGCUUCUAUUCUCGAUGAGUAUGAGGACUCCCAGAACAUCAGGCAAGGUUCCCAGCAGCGCAGCCGCCUGACCUCUGCCAACAUCGGGCUAACGCAUUCAGGUUUUGUGAAUGUCAGGCUGGAGGAAGAGAAGCCAAUAUUCAACAAGCAGAGGAUUGACUUUACUCCACCUGAGAGGAUAAAUCAUUUGGCAGUCUGCAACAACCAGCUCUGCAUGAGUCUGGGAAAGGACACGCUGCUAAGGAUUGACUUGGCGAAACCCGAUCAGCCCAAUCAAACUGAAUUAGGGAGGAAAGAUGACAGCAAAGUGCACAAGCUGUUCCUGGAUCCCACAGGCUCCCAUCUGCUGAUCAGCCUGAGCACCAGCGAGUGUCUGUACCUCAACAGGAACACCCAGAAGGUGCGCAGUCUGUCCCGCUGGAGAGGCCACCUCAUCGAGAGCGUGGGCUGGAACAAGCUCCUGGGCAACGAGACCAGCACAGGGCCCAUCCUGGUCGGCACCAGCCAGGGGAUCAUCUUUGAGGCCGAGAUCUCUGCAAACGAGGGCAGCCUGUUCAACACCAACCCGGAUCAGUACUUCAGACAGGUCCACUCCCUGGAGGAGGACAACAAGCCGGCGCCAGUCUGCUGCCUGGAGAUAGAGCGCGGCCCCGAAAACAAGUAUUUCAUCAUCGCCACCACCCGCAAGCGCCUGUUCCAGUUUGUGGGCAAGGUGGCCGAGGGGUCGGAGCAGCAGGGCUUUAGCACCAUCUUCAACCAGAACCAGGACCUGCUGCCCAGCUUCCAGGAGUUCCCAGCCAACAUGGGCUACAGCGAGAUCACCUUCUACACGGCCAAGCUCAGGAACUUCCCCAAGGCGUUCGCCUGGAUGAUGGGUAACGGUGUCCUGUACGGUCAGCUGGACUACGUCAGGCCCGAUUCCCUGCUGAGCGACGUCCAGGUAUGGGAGUACACGCCGGACGUGGACAUUAGUCAGAACAAACCCAUUUCCAUCGUGCUGACGCAGUUCCACUUCCUGCUGCUGCUUCACGACCGCAUAAAGGCCAUCUGCACCCUGAACGGGCAGGUGGUCUACGAGGACGUGUUCCCAGAUAAAUUCGGCCCCCUCAAGAGGAUGAUCAAAGACCCGAUUGGGGGGCUGGUGUGGAUCUACACGGAGCGGGCGGUCUUCCGAUAUCACAUCCAGCGCGAGGCCCGGGACGUGUGGCAGAUGUACAUGAGCAUGAACAAGUUCGACCUCGCCAAGGAGUACUGCCGCGACCGGCCCGAGUGCUUGGACAUGGUGCUGGCCAAGGAGGCCGACCACUGCUUCCAGAACCGGAAGUACCUGGAGAGCGCCAAGUGCUACGCGCUGACGCAGAACUACUUCGAGGAGGUGGCGCUCAAGUUCAUCGAAGCGAAGCAGGAGGACGCUUUGAAGGAGUUCCUGCUGAAGAAGCUGAGCAACCUGAAGCCGAGCGAGAGGACGCAGAUCACCUUGCUGGUCACCUGGCUGACCGAGCUCUACCUGAACCGCCUGGGGCAGCUGGAGAGCGACGGCAACAGCCUCGUCUUCCAGGAGACCCGGGAGGAGUUCCGGCAGUUCCUGAGCUGCCCCAAGCACCGGGAAUGCCUCUACAACAACCGCGGCACCAUCUACGACCUGCUGGCCAGCCACGGCAACGUGGACGACAUGGUGUACUUCUCGGUGGUCAUGCAGGACUACGAGCGGGUCAUCUCGCACCACUGCCAGCACGACAACUUCGGCGCGGCGCUGGACGUGCUCGCCAAGCACUGCGACGAGAAGCUCUUCUACAAGUUCUCGCCCGUCCUCAUGCAGCACAUCCCCAAGGACGUGGUGGACGCGUGGAUCCAGAUGGGCAAGAGGCUGGACCCGAAGAAGCUCAUCCCGGCUCUGAUGAACUACAGCCAGAUGGGCAGCAGCCAGCAGAUCGACGAGACCGUCCGCUACAUGGAGUUCUGCGUCUACGAGCUGCGCGUGACGGAGGAGGCCAUUCACAACUACCUGCUGUCGCUGUAUGCGAAGUACAAGUCGGACUCUCUGCUGCUGUAUCUGAGACAGGCAGGGACUCGCCCCUCAGAGAUCCACUAUGACCUGAAGUAUGCCCUGCGGCUGUGCGCGGAGCACGGCUUCCUCAAGGCCUGCGUGCUGGUUUACAGAAUCAUGGAGCUGCACGAGGAGGCCGUGGAUCUAGCUUUACAGGUGGACGUAGACCUGGCCAAGUCCUGCGCAGACCUGCCCGAGGACGACGAGGAGAUGAGGAAGAAGCUCUGGCUGAAGAUCGCCAGGCAUGUGGUGCAGGAGGAGAAGGAUGUGAAGAAAGCCAUGAACUGUCUGUCCAGCUGCGACCUGCUCAAGAUCGAGGACAUCCUGCCGUUCUUUCCGGACUUCGUCACCAUUGACCACUUUAAGGAGGCAAUCUGCAGUUCCCUUGAGGAGUACAACAAGCACAUUGAGGAGCUGAAGCAGGAAAUGGAGGAGGCCACGGAGAGCGCUAAGCGAAUCAGGGAAGACAUCCAGGAAAUGAGGAAUAAGUAUGGCGUCGUGGACUCCCAAGAAAAGUGUGCAGCAUGUGACUUCCCGUUACUCAACAGGCCCUUCUAUUUGUUUCUGUGUGGACACAUGUUCCACAACGACUGCCUGUUUCAGGAAGUCACCCCCCACCUGUCAGCCUUCAAGCAGAAUCGCCUGGAAGAGCUCCAGAAAAAGCUGGCUGCCACAGCACAGUCCUCUAAGUCCCGCCACCGCCCGGCCCCGAAGGAGGAAGGGGACACGGCCAGUCUGGGAAAGGGCAUCGGGGCGACGAGUCGCGAGCAGAUAGUAUCGGACAUCGAUGAUAUUGUCGCGUCCGAGUGCGCGUACUGUGGCGAACUGAUGAUCAAAUCCAUCGACAAGCCUUUCAUCGAUCCACAAAAAUUCGAACAGGAGAAAUCCAGCUGGCUGUGAAGACAUGGGUUAAAAAAAACGCCAAAGCAAACGCCAUUAUCGUGUCUGUUAAAGCGCAUCAGUUGUAGGACGAAGGAGGUCGGUAGAAACUGAUUUCUGCCCGAUUGCCUGUCGGUAGUGCCUAUUCUGAUUUCCAGAGUCGUCCUUAUUUUGCUGUCAGUAUGUGAACCUGAUGGAACGAACUUUGCACUUUGUAUAGAAGUAUUUAAUAAACAAUUGUCAUGAACUGACUACGUGAACGACGAUCCCAGACAGUGUAGUAGUAAUUAUUUGCAGUAUAUUUUGCAUAUCUGUGCCUGACAAUAGCUAUAACGGUCACCGCAUUAUACCAGUUUUAGAAUUUAACAUUUUGUUGGGUGAUUGUUCGGCAUUUGAUAACAUGCACAUUGAAAUCUGUGUCCAUUCUGUCUCUGGGUCUGUAUUUGUUUAAUAUUCAGUUACUGGAAAAUAAACUGCUGCUUCAUAUUAAAGCCAUUUUGGGAUUGAAUUGUUGAACAUUACAAAAUGAGUGUGGGGAAAAAAUGUUUUCAAAGCAUAACAAUAUCUACAGGCUCAUUAUAGGCAUGAGAAUACAAAUGUAAUGCUCUUAUGAAAGGCACAUAUUUUUGGAGGCACAGUAUGACUAGCGGAUUAAGACCACACAUUUUUGGUUAUUGGUCUGGGAUGACGUUUGAGUUGAGUCAAAAUCACUGAAAUAAGAGCAAUCACUGAAAUUGUGUUGAAAUCCAAACCUGCAGUUAGGAUUUGUUCUCAUGUUAUUGACUAUGUUGCAUCCUUGGAGUAAUAAACAGCCACAAAUGACCCACUUCAGAAGGUUGGAGAUGGGUAAAAGUUAAAA